CACAGGCACACGGGUCUGGCGCACAGUGUGGUUGGUGUGGUCUCGCCAUCCGUCCUGCCUCAAUCUUGAAUCGCAUUUGAUCCCGACUCGCAAAGGGAACACGCCUUGGGUGCGCCGUUUUCCACGACAGCAAGCUGUGAUGUGCGUGUAGGCAUGCGUACGAGGUCCAAAAAUCGCGGUAAAAUGAAAGAUCCUUCAGCAAAGCAGCCCGACGUUCAGGUCGAGGGUUUGACAUUGCAGCGGUUGUCGGCCCGCCUGAACGCCAAGCUUGAAGCGGCGAGCAAGGACAGCCAUGCUCCAGAAUCGACUCUCCAGCAGCGAAUACCCAGCAAGCGAAAGUGGGACGACAUCAGUGAUGGCGAGGUUGUUGAGGCCGGCUACCGACAUGUUCACGAGCCUGUGUACUCUUCGUGGAUUCCGCAAGAUGCGACCAAGUACGCUCGGCUGGACGUCUGCGUGUCUUCGUACACCAGACAGAGUUGGGUCGUCGAGCUCUUGUCCAUAGAGAAAGAAGCGCUCGACAAAGUCCGGGAGAAGUGGGCUCUGAGCGACGUGGAGCGUGAGCAGAAGAAGACGGCCAUGCUCAAGUCCAAGUUUGAGGUGUACCUCCAGGUCCUGCUCAGCAACGUCCUCAACUCCAGUUUUCUCAUCGAGGUCCACGAAGAAGACGACGAGUACUUCCUGGAAAACAUGGAGCACGUGGAUGGCGAAAACGGCGAGCACCUAAGGGAACUCCUGGAGUGCCACAGCCUGGAUGGCGCCCUGGUGACGGCGUGCGAGACUUUCCCCCAACUCGUCAAGGCGGACCUCAAAGACCCAAGCACCGGAGGCAUCUGCGACGGUUGCAAGGAGGGCGGCAAAAGCACGGAGAUGCGCUUUGGUCCGGAGCAGUACGACGAGCUGCGGCUGACGCUCCUGGUGCGAGAGGACCGCACGGAGCACGGCGGGCAAACGGCAUUCGCCUUGUGCGACACCUGCGCCCGACUCGUGCAGCUCUACAGCCGGCUGUACCACUACCGGUACUUUGCCUUCCAGGCCUGCAAGAAGCAGGUGGCGAGGAGGUCGGAGAGCCCGCGGGGCCGCUCUUCCCCGAUUACGCUGGUGCAGAACCUGGGCAGCAACAAGUGGCUGGUGCUGGAGAGCAUGCCGCACGACCCCGUCUGGGCCAGCCUCGAGAACUGCCUCCGCGACGUCUCCUGGCUCGACCAGAUGUUCGAGAACCUCCAGUCGUUGUGGAAGGAGUGCAAGCAUCUCACCUCCUUGGCAUUCCUUCUCCAAGGCCGAUGACCCCAUGGCUCGUUACGCAAGAAGUGCCUCUAACUGCGAAUAUAAAGGUGGUCCUUAUGAAAUGAAAAAAAAAAAGUUUCCAUUUAGUUUCGCCACCCGUUGACGGCCGAGCUCGGUGCUGCUGACUCUCUCAGUUCAGAAUUCUGCCGAAUGCGCUUACAGCCACCCGAGUUACAGUCACACUCGUGUUUCUUUGUCAAGCCAAGUACUUCACUGUUGAGAAGACCCCUAAUAUUGGGGAGGAGAUGGAGGAGUGGCGCUCCCCAGCGGCCACCCCGGAAACUAACGCUCUGUGGCAAACAAACCCUUCGACCGCAGUCAUUAGUGCAUUCGCUGCCGUUGAAGACGGCGGUGCGAAACUCGUGAAAGAUAUGUAGCACUAGUCUUUUCUCAUAAACGCAUGUAUACUAUGUGUCACUAGUUGCGUGCAGUACAGCCAAAGGCAACGGCAGGCGAGGGAAGAAAACGCAAGCUCUAGGAAGGCUGGAGAUGAGAAGAGAUGCCUCCUCUCACAAACCUAGUGCUCUCCUUUUCCCCCUCACCCUCCUUUUCCAUCUAACCUUCCUGGUGCUCACCCUUUCUCUCUUCGCCAUGCACUGCCUUCGCCUGCACCGCACACAACUAGUGACACGGGGUAUAGAUAAAAGUAAUCUAGUCUCCUCUUGUGUUCAAUGUCAUCAAGUCCUCUUGGAAGG